AUGUACUGGGGCUUGAAACGUCGCAAAAAGCAAGAAAUAUUUCCUCCAUUCCCAAAUGGUGAUAGGGUAACCCAGGAGAGCACGACCAGGAGAGGGUCGGACACGGCCGUUUGUUGCGUCGGACAUUUGCAGGUUAGCGUCGAAACCCUAUCCCAACAGAGAAUGUGUUAUUACAGUCCUCGUUGGCCUAAGCAGCCGGCCUUCUACGAGACCAAAGUGGCUCCGGAAUCCCAAACUACCUCUGAGUUGACAUUGGCACCUUCGUGGCCUUGUCCACCAUCAGCCUGUGCCGUGAAGCAGACGGUGAUGACGUUGGUUUCAAUUCGUGAC